ACGGCAGUUUCGUCUGCUUGGUCUCAAUUCCGGCUUUUUAAAGGCACACGGGGAAGGGGCGCCCCUGGUUUCCGUUUCCGUUAUCCACGAGGGAGGCACCUAGCUAAUAAUUAAUUCAUUAGACAGUUUCUAAACGACAGCGUUUUGUUCCUAUAAAUCCAAUUGUUUCGCCGUGGCUUUAAGCUUUUUCUCACACGGUAACUAACCUUUAUAAGAAAUGUCAUCCAUGUCUACUCGUAGCUUGCAAACACUCAAAAUCUCGCCAUGAGAAGAUCCGCACCGUCGAUUCCCCGCAUCACAUCGAUCCAACGGCUCCAUUACCGCCAAGUUCAUGCUCCAUUGCCGGCAACUCCGAUAAUCGAGAAUCACAACGAAAUCCCUACAUUCGGCUCUUUCCGUAGAUGGAUUUCGGGCAUCGUAGCGGGUUCGGGUCUAGGGUUUCUCUACUGGUCGUCUUCAUCCACCGAUUCCGCUUUCGAUUUCUUCAACCUGUCAUCUAUGGCUUUCGCUGACUGUUCUACCGCCACUUCAGAAGUCACGGUGCAGAAUAGCAGUCCGCGUUCCUUCUUACAGAAAGUUUCUCUGCCUGCAUAUAGUGCUAAAUUUUUUUUUGGAGAAGCAUAUAGGAGGAGGGUUUUCUUUAACUAUGAGAAGCGUAUAAGGUUGCGAAGUCCUCCUGAGAAGGUUUUUGAGUAUUUUGCUUCGUGUCGUACACCGGACGGAGAAUUACUUAUGAAACCCGCUGAUCUUAUGCGGGCAGUUGUUCCUGUUUUCCCUCCAUCUGAAUCUCACCUUGUCAGAGAUGGGUAUCUGAUGGGGGAAAGGAGUUCUGGAGACAUACGGUGUGACCCUUCAGAACUUUUUAUGCUAUUUGAUGUAAAUAAUGACGGUCAUAUUUCUUUUAAAGAGUACAUUUUUUUCGUAACGCUACUUAGUCUCCCAGAAUCAAGCUUUUCAGUAGCAUUCAAAAUGUUUGACAUCAACAAUAAUGGGGAGAUAGACAAGGAAGAAUUCAAGAAAGUGAUGGCUUUAAUGCGAGCACAAAACAGACAGGGGGCUCACCAUAGGGAUGGACUUCGAUUUGGGCUAAAAGUCAAUGGUUCAGUUGAAAAUGGAGGCCUUGUCGAUUACUUUUUUGGUGAAAAUGGAACCGAACGCCUGAAACAUGAUAAGUUUGUCAAAUUCAUGAAAGAUUUGCAUGAUGAAAUUCUGAAACUGGAGUUUGACCAUUAUGACUACAAACAACGAGGAACCAUAUCAGCCAAGGACUUUGCACUAUCCAUGGUUGCUUCUGCUGACAUGAGUCAUUUAAACAAGUUGCUUGAUGAGGCUGAUAAGUUGAACGAUGUACCGCAUCUUAGAGACAUGCGCAUUACAUUGAAGGAAUUCAAAAGUUUUGCUGAGCUUCGCAAAAAAUUGCAGCCAUUUUCUUUGGCUUUGUUCAGUUAUGGAAAAGUAAAUGGAUUUUUAACACGAGAAGAUUUCCAACGAGCUGCCUCCCAUGUUUGCGACAUAGAUCUGACCAGCAAUGUGGUAGAAAUCAUUUUCCACCUGUUCGAUGCAAACCGCGAUGGAUGUCUAAGCUUAGAUGAGUUCGUCAAAGUUUUACAUAGAAGGGAAAGGGAGAUCGCUCAGCCUGUUCAGUCGGGACUCAUGGGAUUUUUAUCUUGCUGUGGGAACUGUACUCAUCACAAUUCAGUUUUUUCAGUGUCACCUCCUUAAGCGGGUAUUAUACGGUUUUCUGGUAGAUAAACCUUUAGCUUGAAUGUAUCUGAUAUAAGCUUUAAUUGGAUUCAAACUUGUAAAACUCGUGAAAAGCUGUUUAUAGGCAAUGUAAGAUUAAUUUAAAAGCUCUAUUUGUAAUAUAAUUUCACCUUGUGCAUA